AUGGAUGCCAGCCCUAGCCUCCAACUCAUUGGAGCAUGGUCGCGUGCUGCAAGCGAUGCAGCUCCAUUGGCUUCCCCACUCGCCCGGCAACCGAGACUCCAAGAUCAUCUGAGGCGCGAGAUCACGCCGCAGCGGACCGCGGUGCUGCUGGGCUUGAUCUUGCUCAGCAUAGCCACAGAGCACUUCUGCCCGCCAGAGUUUGGCAUCCAAAAGGCUGACCGGUGGAAGCCGUAUGCCGUGGUGGACAGCAUUUGUAUGGGCAUACUGCUUAUUGCGGACGGCUUGCCUCCGGAAGCAGUGCUCCUAGCUUUGACCGUGAUCUAUGUUCUGGCGGGAAUCAUCACCGAGCAUGAAGCUUUUUCAGGUUUCUCCAGCCCUGGUGUCCUUGCAUUCGGCGCCCUUUUUGUUCUCUCGGAGGCCUUUGCAGAAGUGAAAGUACUGGACGCGCUAAUCUCUCGGUGCUUGGGCAGCCCGAAAACGCUCCUCACUGCACAGUUCCGAAUAACUGUGCCUGUUGCGGUGUUGUCGGCCUUCUUCAACAACGGCCCUCUCGUGGCCAUGCUAGUGCCGAUAGUACAAGCUUGGUCACAACGCCAUGGACACUCAGCAGCCCAACUGCUCAUGCCUCUUGCGUUUGCAUCGACCUUGGGCGGAACUCUUACGAUCAUUGGCUCUGCCGCGAAUCUGCUCGCGCAUGAUCGGGCUCGGGCCCUGGAUCCCCCUGUGGACAUCGGCUUUUUUGAUUUGACACCCUAUGCAGCUCCUUUGGGCUUGCUGGGCUUGUGCUACAUGCUGGUUGCUGGCCCAAGGCUGUUGCCAAAAAGCACAGAGGUCGGACGGGAUGGACAGGUCACCAGGUCGCCUUCAAAGUCCCAGAGACCCGGCGCAUUCCCCCAGUUCACAGCUUUCACAGCCGACGACAUGCCUUCAGAAGCUGAGCUCGUUGAGCCGGAUCAAUUACGCAGGUACCACAUCCUGUUCGUGGUUCGUAGCCGCUGUCCAUCUAUUGGUUGCAGUCUCUUUGACAUGGGAAUGACUCGCUUGCCGGACGUAUUGGUGCUGGAGCUGCGCCGCGAAGGCCAGCCGCUUCAAGACACUUUUGGCACAGCACUGGCAGCUGGAGAUUUCAUCAAAGUGGCCGCUGGCGCGGCAAGCAUUGCAAGGCUUCGGAAGGCAUAUGAUGGCCUGGAGCCUGCAGUUCACAAGGACCUGGCUACGUUGGGUCCGCACAGGAGGCACCGGCGAUUGUUCGAAGCAGUUGUUGCUUCGAAUUCUGCACUUGUCACGGAGCCACUGGCCAAACAAAAGGAGCGACUCCUUCGCAAGGCUGGCUCCGUUAUCCUUGCCAUACGCCACUCAUCAAGUGAAGCUGCAGCUGCAGAUCUGGAAGCUCGCAGCCCAUUAAAGCUGGUGCCAGGAGACGUUCUCUUGCUGGAGGCCUUCCCUGACUGCUUGGACCGGCUUGCGGAUUUUUCCGUGGUGGCAGCUGUCGAGUCCUCGAAACCACCACGAAGGGGUCGGCAGCAGGACAGGCUUCGGGGCCUUCUCUGCUUGUUCGGCUUCGUGUUGGCCAUUGGCUUGAACGGCUUAGGUUUCCUGCCAUUGGCAGCUGCCGUGUUAGCUCUGGACUUUUUCUGCUGCUGCGCCAGGGUGCUAAGCUGGCGAGAGGCCAUGCGCGGCGUCAACGGCAGUGUGAUGAUGACCAUUGCCGCCUCCUUCGGAAUUUCUGCCGCCAUGACGAAGACAGGAGCAGCAGCGGCUUUGGCAAAUGCGCUGCUGAAUGUGGGACUGCGAUCGGGCCCAUUUGGAGUACUUUGCAUGGUGUAUUGUGGCACGGCACUUUUGACCAACAUCAUCAGCAACACUGCCACAUGCGUCAUGAUGAUUCCAGUGGCUGUGCAUGUCGCAAAACAGCUGCGCCAGUCUGACGGAUGUGAGAACAUAGAUGAGAAGACUCUUCUCUUCCUCGUGAUAUUUGCCGCAAACGCUUCCUUUGCCACCCCUCUGGGCUCCCCGUCGAAUAUCUUGGUUGUGGACGCUGGCAACUACACCUUCGGAGACUUUGUGCGAUUUGGAGGCAUGCUGCAGAUCAUCAUGAUGUGGGCAACAUGCUCCGCGCUGUACUACUUUCCGUGCUCCUAG